AUGCACCUCAUAGACAAAGCAGAAGAGGACAAUCGAACGAUCAUCACAGAAUUUAUCCUCCUGGGAUUCGGGAAUCUUCCUGAACUGCAGCUCCUUCUAUUCCUGGUUUUCCUGGUGAUCUACAUUGUGACCAUGUCUGGGAACAUUCUCAUUGUUGUGCUAGUUGUGGCUGAUCAGCACCUUCACACCCCCAUGUACUUCUUCCUGGGGAACUUGUCCUGCUUGGAGACCUGCUACACCUUGACCAUCCUGCCCAGGUUACUGGCCAGUCUGCUGACUGGAGACAGAACCAUUUUUGUCAGUGGCUGUUUUGCACAGUUUUAUUGCUUUGGUUGUUUGAUAACUACAGAAUGUUAUCUCCUAGCAGUGAUGUCUUAUGAUCGGUAUCUAGCGAUAUGCAAACCCCUGCGUUAUGCAGCCCUGAUGAAUGGCAGGUUGUGCCUCCAGCUAGCAGCGGGGUCUUGGAUAAGCGGAUUUCUAACUUGUGUAAUAACGAUGUGGUUUAUGUUGCAAUUAACAUUCUGUGGCCCCAAUGAAAUUGACCAUUUCUUUUGUGAUUUUUCUCCAAUGCUAAAACUCUCCUGCAGUGACACCAGCAUGAUCACACUGGUUAGUUUCAUACUCGCCUCCAUAAACACGCCUUGCCCAUUUCUAUUAACUGUGACAUCCUAUGUUUGUAUCAUUGCUACUAUCCUGAGAAUCCCUUCCACCACUGGGAGGCAAAAGGCCUUUUCCACCUGCUCCUCUCACCUCAUUGUGGUUACAGUUUUCUAUGGGACCAUAAUAACUGUGUAUCUGCUACCAAAAACCAAUACACUGAAAGCCCUGAACAAAGUGUUCUCUGUCUUCUACACAGUCCUGACUCCCAUGCUCAACCCCCUCAUCUACAGCCUGCGAAACAAAGAGGUGAAGGAGGCCCUGAGAAAAGUCAUCCGCAAUGGUCAGAGCUUCCAUGAGGCGCUGGUGGACGUUUUGGGGGCAUUUUCUGACCUGCAGAAGAAGGCACUGUUGGAGGAGGAGGAGGGUGAUACAGACCUGGCAGACUCAAACUGGCUGAUGCUGCUCAUGGCUCUCGGGAGAGUCACUAAUGCCCCCUGUGUAGACCGGUGCUUCUCUAGCAGGGUCACGAGCACAGACUGGUGGGACCCCCUCGUCAUGCAGACCUGGUAUGACCAGACCUUGCUCAUGAAGAAAGCUACAUUUCUGGAGCCUUGUUAG